AUGAGCAAGGAAUUGAGAGCACUCACAAAGCGGGAACGGCAGAUGCUGAAUAGCUUGGACGUCGUGCAGCAAUUUUUAGAGGAUUUUGAAUGGGACAGGGAUGAGUGCCAGGUUGAAGUUCGGUUGCAGCUGUUGCAGGAGGAGUACAAAGAAUUUCUCGAAGUUCGCAACAAAAUUGAAAUUAUCAUGGAAGAUGCGGAUUCUGAGAAAUUUGAUGCGGGAGAUGAAGAUGAAAAAGAGGAAGCAGAUCAACUUCGAGAAAAGGCCAAUUUUGACGUAAUGCGGCAGUUUCAGAAUCGGUUUUGUGUGCUGAAGGCACAACUUUUGAAGCUAAAACCUGUCAGUACAGCAGUUUCGAAAUGCGACAGAGAUCAAUCUAAUUGUGGACAGCAGACAGCAGCAUUUUCUCGAGUUAAACUUCCGGAGAUUUCCCUUCCCCACUUCAGCGGUAAUAUAAAGGAUUGGGUUACGUUUCGCGAUACCUUUUAUAGUCUGAUCCAUAACAACUCGCAGUUGACGGAAAUGGACAAAUUCACGUACCUGAAGUCGUCACUCACAGGAGAAGCUCUCCAGGAGGUAAACGGCAUUGAGUUGUCUGCGGCCAACUACGAUGUAGCUUGGAAGACUCUGGAAUCCAGAUACGAAAACCGAAAACUCAUCGUGAAGGAUCAUCUGGAUGCACUCUUCUCACUCGAACCUCUGAAGAAAGAAUCUUACGAUGGUUUGAAUCAUCUUAUCUGCGAGUUUGAGAAGAAUUUGCAAAUGUUGGAGAAAAUAGGUGAGAUCGUUUCCGGUUGGAGUACAUUGUUAGUCCACAUGUUAUGUUUAAGGUUGGAUACCACGACUCUACGUAAUUGGGAGACUCACCACAACAGUAAAGAAGUCCCUACGUACGAGAAACUUCUGGCAUAUCUCCGUAACCAUUGCUCAGUUUUGCAGUCAGUUGCUUCUGCCAAACCUUCAAAUUUUGAUCAGCGUCAACCCAGAGUAGCAGUGUGUCACACUACAUUGAAGACCCCGGCCAGAUGUCCCUUUUGUACCGAUCCCUGGCAUUCACCUUUCCAGUGUCCAACAUUCCAUUCAAUGAGUUUGCCAGAACGAAACGAUGCUGUAUCUCGCUACCGGCUAUGUAAGAAUUGCCUUCGUCCCGGACAUGUCUUCAAAGAUUGCGAUCGAGGAACCUGUCAUCACUGUUUUCAAAAACAUCAUUCGAUGCUGCAUGUUGGGCAGAUUAAACACUCCGUUCCACAGCCGCAAUCCACAUUCGCGAUGUUGAAUCCUCCAUCGCAACAACCACAGUCCACGCAACACAACUCACUCCAACAGACACACACUCAGCCACAAAACACACACACAGCCAACUCGCAUAGCACACAACGCUCACAGUUCAGCACAGAUCAUGCCACCACAAGCCAGAAUUAUGUAGCAGUCCCUGCCACACCAACACCCGAUAUCCUUCUGUCAACCGCACUCGUUCGUAUGAGAGACAACUCUGGAAAUUCACUGCUGGCUCGAGCAUUGUUGGACUCGUGUUCGCAGCACUGCCUUAUGACAAGAGCUUUUUCGAAAAGGCUUAACUUUGAUGAAACUUCAGCAUAUCUGUGCGUGCAGGGGAUUGGGUCGUCUCGUAAUAUUUCAACAAAAGCAGUUAAGGCAGCAGUUUGUCCAAGAUCACAAAUAAUUUCACCAUUUGAAGAGGAGAUGCAGUUCCACGUGUUGCCAGAAUUGACAGUGCCGUUGCCGACGACGAGUUUCAAUCCGUCCACUUGGACCCUUCCUGACGUGAAAGUUCUGGCAGAUCCGCAGUUCUAUGAGAGCAGUCCAGUAGACGUUAUCAUUGGUGCAGAACACUAUAUGGAUCUGCUAACCGAUGGCAGACAAAAGGUAACCGACGAUGGACCUACGCUACAAAACACGGUAUUUGGUUGGAUCCUAUCAGGAAGGAUUCCACGCAGCUCCUCCAGAAUGACCCAGUCAAUCACGUUUGUGUGCUCCACGGCAGAGAUUGAACAGCAGCUCACAAGGUUCUGGGAACUAGAAACCUGUAACACUACAUCCAACAACUCCAUCGAAGAAACAAUCUGCGAAGAAAUAUUUGAUAAGACGACAGUCAGAGAUUCAUCAGGAAGGUUCAUCGUUACACUACCGAAGAAAGAAUUCGCAAUUGAACGUCUUGGCGAAUCGAAAAGGAUAGCAAUUAAUCGGUUCAGAGGAUUGGAACGACGCUUCUCUGCAAAUCCAGAACUGAAGCAGAUGUAUACUGAUUUCAACCAUGAAUAUCUACACCUUGGACAUAUGCAAAUCGUUACGGACAGAUCUGAAAAGGGAACAUACUAUCUGCCACACCACGCUGUUUUAAAACCAGAAAGCACUACAACAAAACUUCGAGUUGUGUUCGACGCUUCGUGCAAAACAACGACCGGAGUAUCUCUGAAUGAUGUCCUUCUAGUUGGCCCUGUUGUACAGGAUGAUUUAAUCAGCCUAACUUUGCGCUUUCGGUUGUAUCAAUAUGCUCUUAUUGCGGACAUCGCCAAUAGAAUCUUGUGGAGGGACUCCUCCGACCAGCCCAUCAGCUCAUUCGAAUUGACGACCGUUACGUACGGAACAGCAUCCGCACCAUAUCUGGCGACCAAGUGCCUGCAGAAGUUAGCAGACUAUGGUCAGCAAACUCAUUCGCUCGCAGCAUCCGUCAUCAGAAAUAACUUUUAUGUAGACGACCUGCUAUUGAGUAUAGGUAGUAUUGAUCAAGGCAGAGAACUCAUACGUGAAAUCAUCGAAUUGAUGGAAUCAGCCGGUUUCUCUUUACGGAAAUGGAAUUCGAAUUCCCGAAAACUCCUAUUGGAUGUACCAGAAACCCUGAGAGAUGAUCGCACCAUUCUAGAGCUAGAUUCGUCCAGCGCUCCAAUCAAAACCUUGGGUUUGGCUUGGGAACCAAGUACAGAUAAUUUCCGAUUCCAUAGUCCUAAGUGGAGCAUGGCAGCAGAUAUUACAAAAAGGGUUGUGUUAUCAGAUGUCUCCAGAAUAUUUGACCCCUUAGGCUUGGUUGGUCCGGUGGUGGUGAAAGCGAAGAUUUUUAUGCAAGAGCUCUGGAAAUACGAAUGCAGUUGGGAUGAGCCUCUCACUGAUAGUCUUCAACAACAAUGGCAAGAAUUUCGGAGAAAUCUUGUAGACUUGGAUGGCAUGUCCAUUCCUCGUUGGGUCGGAGUCACCGCAACUGUGAAGUCCAUACAACUUCACGGAUUCUGUGAUGCAUCAGAGAAGGCAUAUGGGGCAUGUAUAUUUGUAAGAACCGUCGAGGACAACGAUACUGUUUCAACACACCUCUUGAUUUCAAAAUCACGGGUAGCCCCUCUGGAAAAUCUCAAAAGAAAAAAUCGUCGGCAGUCCAUUCCUCGACUUGAGUUAUCUUCAGCACUGCUUCUUUCACAUUUGCACGAGAAAGUGAUGGCCAGCAUCCACAUCGAAGUCAAGUCAUAUUUCUGGACGGAUUCGAUGAUCGUAAAAUGUUGGCUUACUUCAGCACCAUCCAGGUGGAAGGAAUUCGUUGCGAAUCGAGUCUCCGAAAUACAGCACCUGACGAGUGAAGGAGUUUGGAAUCAUGUAAUGGGAGUUGAAAACCCUGCUGAUAUUAUUUCCCGGGGGAUGACUCCAGCGCAGCUACAAUAUCAAUCCAGUUGGAGGCAUGGGCCUGUUUGGUUACAGCUGGACGAAUCGAAUUGGCCCCAACCCAUCCCAAUCCAGGAGGAAGAAUUAGACAAGUCAAUUAUGGAAGAGAAAAAAGUCAUCACAGUAGUUCUACAUGCAAUCAACCCAAGUGAGAUAUUCGGCUUACGAUCAUCAUUAUCAGAUUUAAUUCGACUGACAGCACUCAUCCGCCGCUUUCGCUUCAACUCACAAGCUGCUAACCGGAAUCGUCGCAAGCAUGGAUUCAUCACCGCUGAAGAACGCGACGAAGCACUGAAAAUUUUAGUUCGUCUGUCCCAGAAAGAAGCAUUUCCACAGGAGUUUGCUGACUUAUCCAAGGGUGAACAGGUUCAGGAGUCCUCUAGAAUAAGUUCACUUCAUCCGCAGAUAACAGACGGCACUAUUUGUGUUGGCGGCCGGUUACAGCAUGCGCUGUUGUCAACAACUCGGAAGCAUCCAUUCAUAUUGCACCAUCGACACCCGCUAACAAGAGCAAUUGUAUCAUAUUACCACCGUAAGCUGUUUCAUGCAGGUCAACAACUCUUGAUUUCCACUGUCCGUGAACGGUUCUGGCCGACAAACGCUCGAAACCUAGCCAGAAAGGUUAUUCAUGAAUGUGUUCCAUGUUUUCGCAACAGACCCAGAAUACACGAUCAACUGAUGGCAGAUCUUCCACCGGAAAGAGUCACUCCUUGCAUACCAUUUCAGCGAGUUGGAGUCGACUACUGCGGGCCGUUUUGGAUUGCGUUUCCACAUCGCCGAGCUCGUCCAACGAAAUGUUUUGUAGCUGUGUACGUGUGCUUGGUUACAAAGGCAGUGCACUUGGAGCUGGUCGCUGACUUAACAACACAGGCUUUCUUGGCAUCACUGAAACGCUUUUCAUCACGCCGUGGCAAGCCCAGUCUGGUAAUGUGCGAUAAUGCCACGAACUUUGUUGGAGCCAGACGAGAAUUGGACGAGCUAUGUACGUUGUUUAACAACCAACAAUUCCAACGGACUAUUUCUGCAGAAGCAGCGGAAAGCAAUAUUGAUUUUCGGUUCAUACCCGCACGUUCCCCAAACUUUGGAGGACUUUGGGAGUCAGCAGUUAAGUCCUUCAAAACAUUAUUUAAGCGGACCAUUGGCACCCACACCUUGCUGUAUGAUGAGAUGCAGACUGUUUUAACACAAAUCGAAGCUGUGCUAAACUCGCGACCACUGACUCCGGUGAGCAACGAUCCGAACGACUACGAAGCGCUAACACCGGGUCAUUUCUUGAUCCAACGACCUUUAACUGCGAUUCCUGAACCUGAUUUGGACGACAUACCUGUGAAUAGAUUGUCUGCUUGGCAACGGACGCAAUAUUUUAUGCAAUGCUUGUGGAAGAAAUGGUCGGCACAGUAUCUCUCGAAUCUACAGAACCGCACUAAAUGGACGAAAGAACGCGAUAAUUUGACUGCUGGGACUAUGGUGCUGUUGAAAGAUGAAAAUUUACCACCAUUGAAGUGGCAACUUGGGCGGGUAGUGGAGUUGCAUCCCGGAUCUGAUGCACCACCACCAGCGACAAACGGUAUCAGGCACGACCAGUCAACACAAAAAGCAAGCACCAGCAAAACAAUGAACAGGACAACUGCGACUGCGGAGAUAACGUUCCAAAUCGUCAACAGAAAUUACAGUUACUUUCAACAACAAUCUCAUCAUUUACUAGCAUCAGAAACAACCGCAGACAAAGUGUAUCAGGCGCAUCAUCAACGUGUCAACUCCCAUCAGCAGAAUAUAAACACGAACUAA